GGGUGGGUUGCGGCUACAUGGCUGUGCAGAGGAUUAAGGGGAAAUAACAAGUUCGCUUGCACCCCGAGUGGGCUACUUGGGUCAGAGCACACGGAUGGGGGCUGUGUCUCCUCUAGGUGGCCCAGGAACAAAGCGGUGAGGUGUAGGCCGAGUGGUGGCUUAGUGCACCGGCCAGUGCUGCUGAGCUGACUCGGCAGGUGGCUGUAGAUCUACCAAAGCAAUGCGGAAGAGGGAGGUAAUAAAUGUCUUGCAAUCAAAACAUCAGUGUGAUGAAGGAGAAGCUCACAUGAUUUGUAAUAAGGUCCAAGAAAAACUCCUCAAAGAGUGUCAUGAUCCAGCUAAGGUGUGCAUUACUGAUUUAAGGAUCUCACAUUGGGAAGAAGCAAUACAAGAAACAAAGGGUGGUGAGGCUAAUCGAAAUAUGGCGGCAGAAUGUUAUUUUCUUUGGAAAACUACACGCCUCCAGCAUCUAAUCCUAACAGAGGAGACAAGAAGCAUGCUUACAGAACUUCGAAAAAUGGUCCGCUUGCUUUUAUUAACUAAUGGAGACAAACUCACUCAGAGGGAGAAGAUUGAAGCAUGUGCCUGUCAACCAUACUUUGAUGCCAUUGUUGUGGGUGGAGAACAGAAAGAAGAGAAACCAGCACCAUCUAUAUUUCAUCAUUGUUGUGAUCUGCUUGGGGUACAGCCUUGGGACUGUGUGAUGGUUGGUGACUCACUAGACACAGAUAUUCAAGGAGGGCUGAAUGCAGGUUUGAAAGCAACUGUCUGGAUAAAUAAAACAAUGACAAUGCCAGUAAACACUUCCCCAGUACCUCAUUAUAUAAUUUCUUCUGUUCUUGAUCUUCCAGCACUCUUGCAGAAUAUGGACCACAAAAUGAAUGCUAACUUAGAAACUGACAAAAUGGUUAGUAUUAAUGACGUACAUGACAGUGCCAAUAUAGAAUCUAAGAAAUGCUAAGUCCUUAGCCUGCUAAUGUUUUUGUUGAAAGUUUGGCCCUAAAAUCUUACACACGUAAACAUGUUUACUCAAACAGUGGAUGGGUGAGUUAUUUAUUAGUGGAGUUCAAUAGAAGAAAAGUAUUGAAGUGAAUCUUGUUAUUGAUGGAAAUUUUUUGAAAAGAAAUGAAGCAUAAGUGCAAUUGUCAAAUUUAUGCUACAUCUGGAAAUUACGGAGAGACUUUUUUUUAAGCAUAGGUCAAAGACAACCCUGCUCAUCAGUCUUUUGCUUUUACAACGAAAAAGGAAGAACUCCAUGUUUUGAUUUUCAUUUUGGUUUGAUGGCUUAUAAAUUUAGCAGGAAUUUCAAUACUAAAAGAUUGUUUGUGGUGUAUAAAACAAUAGAAGGUGGAAGAGAAUAUGGUAGAAUUCUAGAUUCUUCCCAAUCUAAUUCAUAGAUUUCUCAAUAAGGAUUAAAAUGAAUUUCCCCAUUUGAAAAAGUGAGUGGAUCUAGUACAUAAAGCAGCCCAUUCUAAAAUUUUUUACUUUGCUUUUUGGGCAAACUUAUUGACUUUGUAAUUUUGGAAGCUAGUGACUUUUCUCAAAUUUUGCAGUGACUGUUCUUAAAUGAUAAGACUCAAAUCCCUGUCAGAAAAAUACAUAUGUACACCUGAAAGCUUGCGUAUGUAUAGGGGACCAUUUAUCAGCAGGACUUUAUGGAUAGAGUUUUGUUUUAACCACAUACAUGUAUCUGCACUAAAACAGUAUUUGUAAUGCAGAUUGAUUUACGUUGCACUAUAUUGUGAGUUAACUGAUUUUUUUUUUUUUU